CCCCAGCCCAGCCCGGGGGCCGCGCCGCCGCCGCCGCCGCCCCCAGCGUCGCCCCUCGCCUGCCCGCCUGCCUUAAAUGUGACACCGGCGCCUCGGAGUGCGACCCGAAGCCGCCGCCGGGGAGGGGACGAGCACCAUGUCGAAUCUGAGCAAAGGCACGGGCAGCCGGAAGGACACCAAGAUGCGGAUCCGGGCCUUUCCGAUGACCAUGGAUGAAAAAUAUGUAAACAGCAUUUGGGACCUUCUGAAAAAUGCAAUUCAAGAAAUCCAGCGUAAGAAUAACAGUGGUCUUAGUUUUGAGGAGCUCUAUAGAAAUGCAUAUACAAUGGUUUUGCAUAAACAUGGAGAAAAGCUCUACACUGGACUAAGAGAAGUUGUUACCGAACAUCUCAUAAAUAAGGUGCGAGAAGAUGUACUAAAUUCAUUGAAUAACAACUUUCUUCAAACGCUAAAUCAAGCUUGGAAUGAUCAUCAGACAGCUAUGGUGAUGAUUAGAGACAUACUAAUGUAUAUGGACCGUGUAUAUGUACAACAAAAUAAUGUGGAGAAUGUCUACAAUUUGGGAUUAAUUAUUUUCCGAGAUCAAGUUGUACGCUAUGGGUGUAUUAGGGAUCAUCUCCGGCAGACGCUAUUGGAUAUGAUUGCCAGGGAGCGGAAAGGAGAGGUUGUAGACCGAGGCGCAAUAAGAAAUGCUUGCCAGAUGUUAAUGAUAUUAGGUCUCGAAGGACGAUCAGUCUAUGAAGAAGAUUUUGAGGCUCCUUUUUUGGAAAUGUCUGCAGAGUUUUUUCAGAUGGAAAGCCAGAAAUUUCUAGCAGAAAACAGUGCUUCAGUAUAUAUAAAGAAAGUAGAAGCUAGAAUUAAUGAAGAAAUAGAACGAGUGAUGCACUGCCUUGACAAAUCAACUGAAGAGCCGAUUGUAAAGGUGGUUGAGAGGGAACUCAUUUCCAAGCACAUGAAAACUAUAGUAGAAAUGGAGAAUUCGGGACUAGUACAUAUGUUGAAAAAUGGCAAGACAGAAGACCUUGCUUGCAUGUACAAGUUAUUUAGUCGUGUGCCAAAUGGUUUGAAAACGAUGUGUGAGUGUAUGAGUUCCUAUUUAAGGGAACAAGGUAAAGCCCUUGUUUCUGAGGAAGGAGAAGGAAAGAAUCCGGUAGACUAUAUCCAGGGCUUGUUGGAUCUGAAGAGUAGGUUUGAUCGCUUCCUCCAGGAAUCGUUCAAUAACGACAGGCUCUUUAAACAGACUAUUGCGGGUGACUUUGAGUAUUUUCUCAACCUCAACUCCAGGUCCCCUGAAUACCUCUCAUUAUUUAUUGAUGAUAAGCUGAAAAAGGGAGUCAAAGGGCUAACAGAACAAGAAGUAGAAACAAUAUUGGAUAAGGCAAUGGUCCUUUUUAGGUUUAUGCAAGAAAAAGAUGUAUUUGAACGUUAUUAUAAGCAACACUUGGCAAGGAGACUUCUUACAAAUAAAAGUGUUUCUGAUGACUCUGAAAAAAAUAUGAUUUCUAAGUUAAAGACUGAAUGUGGAUGUCAAUUCACAUCAAAACUGGAAGGAAUGUUUAGGGAUAUGAGCAUCUCAAACACAACUAUGGAUGAGUUCAGGCAACAUCUACAGGCUACUGGGGUAUCUUUAGGUGGUGUUGAUCUCACAGUCCGGGUGCUCACAACAGGAUACUGGCCCACUCAGUCAGCCACACCAAAGUGCAACAUCCCACCAGCACCAAGACACGCUUUUGAGAUAUUCAGAAGGUUUUACUUAGCCAAACACAGUGGUCGACAGCUCACACUCCAGCAUCACAUGGGUUCUGCAGAUCUCAAUGCCACCUUCUAUGGACCAGUUAAAAAGGAAGAUGGAUCUGAAGUUGGCGUUGGAGGCGCACAAGUAACUGGCUCUAAUACACGGAAGCAUAUAUUGCAAGUCUCCACUUUCCAGAUGACCAUAUUAAUGCUCUUCAAUAAUAGAGAAAAAUACACAUUUGAGGAAAUUCAACAGGAGACAGAUAUCCCUGAACGAGAACUUGUUAGAGCCCUGCAAUCCCUCGCCUGUGGUAAACCAACACAGCGGGUCCUCACCAAGGAGCCCAAGUCAAAGGAGAUAGAAAAUGGUCACAUAUUUACAGUUAAUGAUCAGUUCACGUCCAAACUACACAGAGUCAAGAUUCAAACAGUUGCUGCCAAGCAAGGUGAAUCCGACCCAGAAAGGAAAGAAACAAGGCAGAAAGUAGACGACGACAGAAAACAUGAGAUAGAAGCUGCUAUAGUGCGGAUAAUGAAAUCUAGGAAGAAGAUGCAGCACAAUGUGUUAGUAGCAGAGGUAACUCAGCAGUUGAAGGCUCGAUUCUUACCAAGUCCAGUUGUUAUUAAAAAGCGUAUUGAAGGACUUAUUGAGAGAGAAUAUUUGGCACGAACACCUGAGGAUCGCAAAGUAUACACAUAUGUAGCAUAAAAUGCGUUCAGAAACUUGAUUUAUUAUUGGACUGUACUCUUCGCAUGGACUGGGAAGUUCUUUUAAAUCAUUAAAUAUUAAGACGACCAUCUCUUCUAUUAAAUUACAGUACAUGUUCUAGACCAUUCAGAUCAAGCCUUUACUCCCUUUGAGAGUUUUCAACAUCAGUUGAUUGAGCUUCAGGCUUUACAACGUUUAUCCCUGUAGAGAUCAUCUUUACAGUUCCUCGGGAAAAUGUGAAUGUGCUGAGUUUUGUUUUCAAUACUGUAUGAAAACAGGAAAAAAUAAAACAAAAUUUAGAAAAUACAGCUCAUUAAAAUAAAAUUGUUGGAUUUCAUUUC